AUGCACCAAAUUCUUAGCCGGAAUAAACAAUUUCGAUACAAACAAAACAAACCCGUAAAAAAUUUGUACAAGGAGAUGAAGAGAAAAGACCUGAUUUGGUUUGUGGCCGGUUACGGUGAAUCGGUUUCGGGGAAAGUGAUAAAAUUCCGGUACAGUAGCUUCGGUUCUGGAGAAGAGGAAGCUGGAAUCAGCCGGAGAUGGAGAUUUCCGACGAACGGCGGAGAGAAUCAGAGGAGGGUGGAGGAUUGCGAUGGCGGAGAAAUCGACCCGGCCCGUUUUUAG